AUGGCAGCGAUCAGACGUGUGGUGGGCAGUAGGUGGUUACUUCACUCUGAAUUUUUAAGAAUAUCAAUUUCUAGAUAUUUCAAGACCUCGAGCAGCUGCAGGACUGUCAUGCCUGCAUGGGUCAUUGAUAAAUAUGGAAGCAAUGACGUUCUGCGGUUCACCAAAAACGCCAGCUUCCCAGUCAUUAACUACCCAAAUGAGGUUAUUGUCAAGGUGUUUGCAGCUGGGCUGAAUCCAAUUGACAUCAGCAUGAGAGGUGGCUAUGGUGCUGCAACACUCUCCAUGAAGAGAGACCCUUUGAACAUUAAUCAGGCGGGCAGUGAAUUCCCACUCAUCCUUGGAAGGGACGUGUCUGGGGUUAUCAUGGAGUGUGGCCUGGAUGUGAAGUACUUCAAAGAAAGGGAUGAGGUAUGGGCUUCGAUACCACCAUGGAAGCGGGGCAGCCUGGCUGAGUUUGUUGUACUGAGUGCCAAUGAGGUUUCCCUCAAACCAAAGACACUAAGCCACACAGAGGCUGCAGCAAUCCCUUAUGUGGCGAACACAGCUUGGUCGGCACUUGUCAACACUGGAGGGCUCACCAAAGAUAACUGUGCUAAGAAACGUGUUCUGAUCCUUGGAGGGUCCGGGGGAGUGGGAACAUUUGCCAUCCAGAUGCUGAAAGCGUGGGGAGCCCACGUGACCGUAACAUGCUCCCAGAAUGCCACGCGUUUUGUAAGGGGACUCGGAGCGGACCACGUAGUGGAUUACACAGCCGGCCCUGUCGAAGUGCCACUCGCUGCUCUAGACAAGUUUGACCUGGUCCUGGAUAACAUUGGUGGCAGCACAGAACGUUGGGCGUUGGAUCUACUCAAGCCGUGGAGUGGCGCCAAGUACGUCACUCUAGUUACGCCCUUCCUCCAAAACACUGACACCCUGGGCAUUGCUGAUGGAAUGAUGCAGACCGCUGCCACUGUGGCCAGCAAGGCCCUCAAGCAUCUUGUUAAGGGGGUCCACUAUCGUUGGGGAUUUUUUGCACCAAGCGGUCCAGCAUUGGAUGAAAUAAGGGAGAUGGUAGAUGCAGGCCAGAUCCAUGCAGUUGUAGAAGAAACCUUCAGCUUUACACAGGUGCCUCAAGCCUUUGCCAAGGUGGAGAAAGGGCAUGCCCGAGGAAAGACUGUAGUCCAGAUCAACGAUGGAAGCAAACAAUGA